AGUGAACAGUAAUGGAUUUUAGCUGACAUAUUGCCACAUCUUUUGUAUUUCUGCGUUAUUGAUCUGCUCAGCCAUAAUCAACAAUGACAACUCUUACAAGACAAGACUUAAACUUUGGUCAAGUGGUGGCUGAUAUCCUGUGUGAGUUUCUGGAAGUUGCCAUCCACCUCAUCCUGUAUGUCAGAGAAGUUUAUCCAUCCGGUAUUUUCCAAAAGAGGAAGAAAUACAACGUACCUGUACAAAUGUCUUGUCACCCCGAGCUGAAUCAGUACAUCCAGGACACACUGCAGUGUGUUAAACCACUUAUCGAAAAGAACGAAGCAGAAAAAGUGGUUGUGGUAUUAAUGGAUAAAGAACACCACCCGGUAGAGAGAUUUGUGUUCGAGAUCUCCCAGCCUCCACUGCUCUCAAUCAGCUCUGACACUCUACUAUCUCAUGUGGAGCAGCUGCUGCGAGCAGUCAUCUUAAAGAUCAGUGUGUGUGAUGCUGUUCUAGACAACAAUCCUCCAGGGUGCACAUUUACUGUUUUGGUUUACACUAGAGAAUCUGCCACACGAAACAUGGAGAAAGUUCAAGUGAUCAAGGACUUUCCAUGGAUUGUAGCAGAUGAUCAGGAAGUCCUUAUGCCGGAGCCCAGACUCAUCCCUCUGAAAACAAUGACCUCAGACAUAGUAAAGAUGCAACUUUAUGUGGAGGAGCGAGCACACAAAGUACAGCAGAACACAGUAUGAACAGGAGAUACUGGGAGGUUGAUUAAUGUUUUGCUCAGGACAACUGAAAGGAGCAUCUGAAAUGUUAGGAGGGGCAGAAAGUCACUGAGUGGUUUUCUGUUUUAUUAUGCACUGAAGCAGAUCUGAAACAUGAUCAUGUUCUAACCGUGCACAGAUGAGUUUCUCAUGUUUCUGGACUAUGUAUUCUGUGACAAGCUUGAUGUUUGGUUUAAGUCAAAGUGUAAACCAUUGUGAAUGUUGUGAGGGGUUUAAUGUACACCUGUUUAUAUUAUUCUUUAUUUAGUCUUGAUCACCUAAUCAUUUUAAUCUAAGGCUCUCAAGUGGCUCAGCGUCUAUUAUGCUAGCCCACCAUAGCUGAGAUCCAGGUUCAAAUCUCAGUGGUGCUGUCAGUCGGUCAGCGUCUACACAGAAGUAAUUGGCUAUGUUCGGGAGUGUGUGGGCGUCUGAAGCCCUGCAAUGCCCAGUUUUUUCGGUGCCACCGAACCAGCUGCAGCACUGACGAAGAUAAAGCAGUUAAUGAAAAUGAAAUAAAACAAUUCUGAUCAAGUAAAACAAUUCACCUUUUAAUGUGAGUUUAAUAUUGGUUUGUAAAAAAAAGACUUUUGUGGACUCUUUUGUGCUGUACAUUAUUCGGAGGGUUUUUAAGAUGUGUGCAUAAGGUUUAAAUAGAUUAAUUAAUAAGAAUUAUUAAAAUUAAUAAGAAUAACUCACAAUAUGGGGGACAGAUUGUCUCCAGUUGUAUUCAUGUGUUUACUGAUCUAAUAUUUAAUAUAAACCUCUGAAUCUGAAUGUGUGCUUGAAAAGUGUGUUUCUAAUGUUUUAUUGACCUGGUAUAAUAAAUACACCCGGAGGAAACACACGGACAUGGGGAGAACAUGCAAACUCCACACAGAAAGGACCCGGACCGCUCCACAUGGGGAUCGAACCCAGGACCUGUUGCUGUGAGGAUAGUGAUAGGAGAUAGAUACAGUAGAUAAAUUGAAUGUUCAGGAGAUUUGCAAUGUUGCAUUUAUGACGUAGGGCACAGCAUGAUCCCAAUUAUGCCACUUUGACGUUUUUCUUGUUUAUGUACAUGUUUAUAUGCAUGUAAUGCAAGUUAUGCAAACUUGAAAACAUUUUGUAUGUCCAGUCAAAUACAUUUGGUUAAUGUUUAAGUAGUUAAUUUCAUUUUUUAAUUUUAGUAUCUUAUUUUUAAAUUGUCAUUCUUACAGCACUUGUUGGGUUACUUUAGCGGAGGGGGAUUAUACCAUCCAAAGGAAACACUGGUUGAGGCGGCAAUCAAUGGAAUGUUUUAUUCCGAUUAGAAAAAAAGGCAGAGAGAGGUUCCUUAUGAAAUUGCUCAUUUAUUUGGUGUUCAAAAAUCUUCUACAAGAUGUUGCAAAUAUGCUGGGUUACAUGGGUUACAGAUGCUGUAGUUGCUAUGCUGGGGAUUACAAGCUGAUUGGCGAGCUGUACUAAAUAAGAUGGAGUCAAAGCUGUGGUCUACAAGGAAAACGGAUAGUUCCGGUCCUAAAAUCUGAUUGGCUGAGCCGCGUUCGAAGCCGUUGUAAAAUCCCCGAUAAACGCACACCUAUGACCGCCUCACAUCAUUCCAUAUUAAUACGCCACUGAAAAGAAAAAGUCAAUGUUAUGUUCGCCCUCAUAUUGCCUAGUGUUAGGAUGAAUCUUUUUGUCGAGAGACCUUGAAGAAAGCAGUCAUAGAAUCCAGAAAGUACUCUACAAAACACUUUAUUAAGUGUACAAAAUGAUUUGUGAAUAUAUGCCAGAGCUAAGCCGAUCAGCGCUCCUUUCUCCUGCAGUCUAGACACACAACCACCCAAGAAAGAGCCCUCCUCUGAGCCCGCUGUCCUUUUUUAAACUAGUCUAGGCUCCUCCUCCGCCGCUGCUGUUGGAGCCAAUGAAAUGUGCUAAAAAGUCCAGGGCUCCGCCUCCCCCCCCCUCGGUAGGAGUCAGGGGGGGGAGCCUGGCCGGCGCCAUGUUGAACAAAGGUAGCACGUGGGUAAAUGCCGUCCCAUAUUGAAAUUAUGUUUAAUAAUGAUGUUUAAUAAUGAUGUUAUGUUCCAAAAAUCCUAACACUAGCAACGCUGUUAACUACCUGGGGUCGCGGAAGAAUGCUUUUUGUAAGUGUUUUUGUAAAUAAAAACAUUUAUUUAUUGAA